ACAGAAAAUUGUCCUGGUUGUGAGCGCUUUCGCUGCUCGCUUUCGUUUUCCCAGCCCUCGUGAGUGUAAAAAAGUUCAACGCAACUUCCAGGUGUGGCAUUAUUUAUAAUUUUCGUCCUCUAAGGUACCGCGCUGAAGCCAGACAGCGCGAGGCGGAGAGAGAUGCGGAAAGGCGUCUGCAAAGGCACAUCCGAGCUUCGCUCCGACGGAAAGCCAACGCGUGGGAAAGUAAGAGGUGGUCCAGUCCCUUCUGCACCGAGCGCUGUGCCUGUAGCCGUGUCGCGCCCGUACCACUACGCGACCCGGAGUCUCUGCCCCCUCCCAGACCAUCCCCCCAGCCCCAUCCGAGGCCGCGUCCGUCGAGUUUCCUCGGAACCACAAGCACGACGAGGGGAUACAGGUGAUCCCACCCAUGGCGCAGACGGCGUUCCCGCG